AUGGAUAACUUGACUGAGGAAACCGCAAAGCGACGAAUUGUGAAUUUGGUCCGAAUCUAUGCCUGGUGUCUCUCAAAGGACCAAAUCAAGAUAUUAACACAACAGGCUCGCAAAUUCACCGAGUCGCCUGGAUUUCCAGAGUCACUUCAGGAAUGCCGGCAGAAUCUCAGGAAUACACUGGACCUCAUUGAGCAAGAGAUUAAGGAGGAGUCUCCACCAAGAUCGACUUCCGAGGACCCAGUAGUUGAAGGGGACGCAGAGGUUGUGGGUGCCGCGGCAAGUCUCGACGAGGUCUUCAAUGGAGUGGAUCCAAGAUCCUCGACGAUGUUGGAGUCCCUUGAGAGUUUGAACGGUCUGGACAUCAGCCAUUUGUUGAACCACUCCAGGGCCAAUCAAUCAUACCCCUUCAGAUACCUCAAACAGCGACAUCCUUACUACCCUAUCACCGAUCUGGAGGAGGUGGAAACUUUGCUGUCAACGAGGACUGGAGUCACGGGCAUGAGAGGAGGCCUUAUCACAGACCACGAUGAAGAACGUGAGGGAUUGCAAGAAGAAGAAGAUGAGGAGGAGGAGGAAUGGGGAGAUGUCGACGCAGGGCAAGGAGGAGAGGCCGAAGAAGAGGAUGGUCGCAACGAGGAACAAGCGACCAGCGAAGACGAAGACUGGGUCAAAAAAGUCGGUAAAACAUCCUCUCGGAUCUACGAUACUACUUAUGGACGCGAAAUCGAAGCGCAACACGGCGUCAUCAUUCAAAUCCUCAUCCUCAUAGCUAGCAUGGAAGUCCCACAUCUGAUCACGAUAGUGAAUCUCAUGUGGCAGCGCCUCUGUAGAGAGAACGCGCCAAGCGAAUUCUUCCCUCAUCGUGAAGCAAUGUUCCUUCUACUGAAGAGCAUUAGAGUCACUCUGGACCGAUACAAGAAUGAAUCUGAGACAGCAGCUUUGAUCAGAGAUGGGAUUUGA